UGUGUGUAAAUCACUCGGACAUGUUUCUGCAGAGAGUGCAGUGGAAGCGCUGUGCUGAGAGUGAUGCGUGUGGACAGCUGUUUCUGUGUGUUCUGUACUAUAUGUGAGCGCCUCAAUCUGGUUGGGUGAGCUCGGGCUAUAUAAAAGGUAGCUAAAGCUACUCUCUCUGUCAGUCGUUAGUCUUGCAGGCGGGAGGUGGGCAGUGUUUCCGCUCAAUGGAUUAGUACCUGCAAAGGCUGAAGACACUGUUGAAGAGGAGCUGAGGGGGCUUCUUUGAUGCUAAUGUUGAGGGAUGCUCAUUAGCCACGGGAUACACUGAUCACCGCAGACAUGCUCAUCCGACUGGGCAGACUGACUCCGGGAUACUUCAGACUCCUCCAGAGGCAGGUGGCUGGUGAGGUCCAGACACAGCCAAAAGACCGGAUGGUGAAUCACAUCGCCAUGCUGUUAGCCAUAGUGGGACUGGGCUUGUCCUACUACAGCACACGGAAAAUGACAGCACAGGCCAGAUCCAUACCAGCACCCUGAACCAGGCAGGCCUGGGGGAGAGAGAGGGAGAGGCCAGCCAUAAGGAGAAGAGGGAGUUUAAAUGCCAAUCAUGGUCAGGAUCACCCAAGGGACACAUCUGACAAGCAUAUAGCGUACAGGUUUCUGUCAGAAAUGGUCAAUGCUUUGCAAACGGAUAUCCUUUGAAUUCUUCAUCAGAUGGUUGUUUUUAACAUUGAAUAGGUUUUUAGAUAUAUAGAAUGGGGAAUGCACUAAAAAGGGAUGGUUUUCAGGAUAUCAUUGUAAUGUUUGAUUAAGAUUUAAUAACUACCCUCCAACAAGUAUUGUCACGCAGGGUGCUGUGAUCCCGGUUGGAGUGUAGCGCACAUUCAUGUAAUAUUUGAUAAUGAAUGUCAUGUGUUGCAUGGACAUGAGUUACAAAUAGCAUACAGGUGGUUGCCAGCACUGUAAAGCAGCCAGGGAGAGUGGACCACAGAAAAAAAAAACAAAGUAAUUCCACUGAUAAUAUUGUACUAAAGGAGCUCAGUUACAAUAGACACAAAUACUGAAAAAUAUGCAUGUUAAUGGGGUUUUAACUUUGUAGAUUGGAGUCAAAUCUUAUCAAUGGUUACCAAGGACUUUUAUCCUUCUUAUGAAUGUUUUUCGUAGUAAUUAUAUUUUAAGCUUCAUAUGUUGUGCUAAGAAACAAUAAAAAUGAAUGGUGGCUUUGUACCAGUAAUGGAAGAUACUAAUGAGUAAGCCAUUUAUCAUGUUCACUGAAAGCAAACUGCAUUUCUUUGCAUGUUUAUGGAUUUCUAAAUAACACAUUCGCGCGUCAGUUUUGAGGCCUGUGCGUUUAAUGCAGCCUUCUGUUUCCUACUUCCAUUUUCCUGCCCUCUCCCUCCUAAGGACUUCAGAUUUUAGUUUUUCUUUGCCUCGGUUCACAAAUGUCCCCGUCAGCAAGGUCAGGUUUCUUCUUACCGUUUCCCUGACAGCAUUUAUCUGGAGGGGCAGAGAUUGUUAUGAAGCUAAAACAGGUCUUACCAGAGCAGGCUGUACCCAGAUUUGCAGUUUACAUUUAGCUUUUUCCAAGGAGUACUAUGGCUUGUGAUGUGCUGCACCAUGCUUUUCUGUGACUUACCAUUGCGUAUUGCUACAGUAUGCUUUGCUACACUUUGCAAUGCUUUCACCAUCCUCCCCAUCAAAAAGUAGGCCAGCCUUAGCCGUUUAACUAGGACUGAGUUCCAGUUUUAAAUACUACAUUUGAUAACAAUAUGGUAGGAGUUUGACAAACUGUGAUCAAGGAAGUACUGUAACGUUGGUUACUUUAUAUACUAUAUACUUGAAUUGCUAAGGCAAAAGCUAGUUAUUUUAACUUGGGAACUUUUUAAGCAUGUGUACUUAUAAAAUGGUGGAUCACAGAAUAAAGGGAUAACAGGAGUAUUGAAAACAUUAACAUGUUGGAGACAUUAAAAAUUGCAUAAUACAAAAUUCUAAAAUGAAAGCCAAUACCUUGGCCAACUUGCUGUGAUGGCCAUUCCCAAAUAGCUGCCUGCUGUUUCAUUCAUGUUAUUUUCCACAGUGUAUAUUUUCUCCUAUACCCGAUGCGUGUACAUAUGUAAUUUGUGGAGAUGUGUGGAAAGCCCCAUAAGUGCACGCUACAUAUUGCAGGUGUUUAAUUUUAAAGCUGCUUUACAGAUAAAAUACAUGACCGUUCUAAAACACGCUGGUCUAUAAAAACAGGCAAAAACUUAAGGGCUUCAGUGAGGAUCAUCUGGUGCCUCAGGCUGGAUGAUGUGUCCUGUUUUUCCAUCUGGGAGAGUGCAUGUUUUUGUAGCAGAUGUGAUUCGGUGUGACAAGCAGAAUCCGGCAUAGGGACACGUGCCGGCCUCUUGCAUGCAGUCUGCCUGACCUGGUUACAGAUCAGCCUCCCCAGGCAUCAGAUAGAGAGGGGAACGCUUCAAUAGAGACCCAGAAACACGGACGCCAGAGGAUGAUCCGUAUUAGCACAUGUGUUAUAUAAGCCAUAGCUGUGACGCAGGCGUGGAACGGGAUGCUGUUCUUCGUUAUCGUAUUUUAAAGGUGUGUUUUUUUUUUUUGGUUUUUUUUGUUUAUUUGGAAAGGGUAACAUGCCUUCAUAAUAUGAGCAUAAUGUCUAGGUCUAGUUUAAAAAUGUGCGGGUGAUGUAUCCUAUAGGUUUAUAUAUUAUACUGUGAAUUUGUAUUUUUUCCUUGUGAAAUUUUCCCAUGAAAAUGACAGCAGUUAGGGCCCUGCUCAAACUUAAGGACUGCUUUAAAGAAUGUUUUGUUAAGGAAUGUGCUUUUGAAGAGCGUUUUAUAAACAUUCUUGUGGGUUAGUGCUCUGAAAUUUGUGAAUAAAUGUACAGUUGAACAGUUGAACAAGGUUUCAUGAAAAGCAAACUUUUUUAUUUAGUAAAUCGAAACGGGCUUUAAGAAACAGACUUCAACAAAACAUUCCCUAAAACAGUCCUUAGAGAUUUGGGAAGAGGCUCCCAGUCUUCAAACUUUUAACUGGAACUACUGGAACAAAAUAUCUAGAGAAAAAAAACAGGAAGAGAUGCACUAGCUUGCAGAGCCAGAGCGUCAGUGUUGUUGUUCUUUUUUAAGCCAUUAGAAAUGUUAUUGUAGGUUGCAAAACUCUGUUAAAGCUAACCACCAGUUAGACGGCAAAGGGUUCAAUGUAGUAAUAUGCAUUUUUGUUAGCUUUUUGUUUUUAAUUCUGGGAAUCCCUGUUUCUUUAUGUAGCAGAUAUUCCUCCUGUUCAUCUACAGUAAUGCAACAGUAAGUGUUGUAUUUUAUUGCUUAUUUAGUAUGUUCAUACUGUGAGUAUUUUUUACCGUUUUCUUUACUUUUUGACUUUUUUGGUCACAGUUUAUUUUAAAGGACACUUCUUUUAACAUGCUACAACUAGCAUAUUAACAUGUGGUUUUCAUUUUAGUUAGUGUGUAUAUAUAUAUAUAUAUAUAUAUAUAUAUAUAUAUAUAUAUAUAAACUGGUAUUACAUGUAUAUUACUAUGUAACCUGCUAUAAGUAUUACUGUAACCUCUUUUAAAGUGCCUUUAGACAAAUUGAACCCUGUUUCAUUGUGAUAUGAUGGAGUUGAUGAAACUUAAAGUCUAACGAAGUUGAAACAUUUGUCUUUAUUUUGUCCUACUUUCUUACAGAAUUUAUAAUUGAAUGUAUGAAUUUAUGGAUAAUUUAUCAAUGAUAAAAAUGAGAAACAUUUGUUAAUAUGUUAUUAAAGCUUUUAAAGAAAGAAAUUCCCAUUUAUAUGAAAUAAUAAAUAAAUAAGUGAAUUAUUACAUAAUAAUUAUAGAAAGAAUAAUCCUUGAUAUACCUUUAAGGCCAUUAUUUUUGUAUUAUCUACCUAUAGGUGUGAAAGAGACAAACACUUUAUUACAGGUUCCUCAUUCAGUACCUGAACCUGUUCUUCUUACUGGACACAAUGUGACAAAUUUGUCUUUUGUAUUGCUGCUAAAUGUUAAAAUACAUAAAUAAAUAUCUCUAAACACAAA